UGAAUAUAACCCUAGGUGUGUAGCUUUAUAUCAACAAUCCCCAUUUGCGCUUACGACGGUUGGCCAUGGUGAUAUUCGGCUUAGUUAACGGUAUGGCCGACCUCCUAAUCGCAAGUGCCAUAAACAUUUUCGUGGCCGCGAGCAGUACGGCAACCGUUGACGCAGUCUUGCGAGUAACACAACACUCCCUCGAGGCAUUGACGCAAAGUCUGGGCGGGGCGGCCCUCAUCUUCAGAGGCAUCUUCACAAACCGCGAGAAUAGAACCACCCUAGACUUUAUCCUAGACAAUUUUGUCGCAUUAAUAUCGUUCUUAUACGACCUGGUCAGGCCAGCAAACGUCAUACCAGGACAGGUAAUUGGCAAUGGUGCAGGAAACACUUUCGCCACAGAGUUCCCUCCAGGUCGGCAAAAUCCGUAUAAUGAACUAGACCUUGACAGGGCAGAGAACCGGCAUGCCGUCGUCUACCAGAUACAGCGAUUGUUGAUGUGCCUUGCUAAUAUCAUCAGACUAGGAAGGGCACAGAAUUCAGGAAACACUCUUGAUACAGUCGAAAUGAACGUGAAGCUGCAAAGCGACUUUGACCAGUCGGGGAAUCCUCCCCAACCAACCCAUGUCUCUGAGUGCGAGGAAUCCCCUCAUGGCGAGAAAUGGUUCUUCAUAAACGGCAUUGCCAACGAGCGUGUCUGGUUCGAGGGCUCCUGUGAUAAGAUCUGCAACAUUUUCCAGAGAGAAGUCGUCGGCAUCUUCAACAGGAGCGACAGUCUCCUCUGGGAUUUAGUUGAAUGUUGUGGCGAGCGCGGUGCAGCCGGGCCAAAUCCACUCCUACAACAGACAAGAAGCAGUAUGGCUGCACAGGAUGCCAUCAAGGAAGAGCUCGAAAGAGCCCUACAGGAUAACAAGCUUCAAAAGGUGGUCGUCAUUGCGCAUUCCCAAGGCUGCCUACUCCUACGGCUCGCACUGAUAGACCUGGUCACUCAAGGGCUUCUGGUUGAUAACAUGCAACAGAAGCUGAGGGUGUUUACAUUUGGAAACCCGAGCAUUGACUGGAGGGUAGGCCGUACCGACCUUGUCCAGAAUGAUUUACUUAGCAGCUUCUCGAGAGUCACCGAGCAUUACGCGCACCAGCUAGAUUUUGUCGCAAGGCUGGGGAUCGUAACACACCAGACUGACCCUGGAUCCGGUUAUGAGAACAACUCGGUGUUUUACAGCAACAAUGGAAGAGGACAUUUGUUUGGUGCGCAUUACCCUCUUGGUGCAACUGCAUAUCAGAAUGGGGGGAAUUCUGUGUUGCUCAGAGCAGUGAAUGGAGGUGAUAUGGAUUGAUUUCCAUCUGUUUCUUCUAUUGUUGUCUUUUUACUUUCAUUCAACUCGACAAUAUCGACACUUACCGAAAUAUGCCAGCACGGGAUGCUGAACGUUUUACUAUUAUCGACGUUCAAGUAUAUAUUUUGCGUCGCAGUACAUAUUUAUUCCUUAGGGUAGUUGUGUACCAAGUUGUACGUCACGUCACGUCAAUUUCAACCAUUCUUUACAUACGACCCAGUCGCAACUCUGGUGAUGGAGUACAAAAUGGUUGAAUGCGCACACAUGUCAGUCAAAUAUAUAUAGUCAAGUUCUGCGCAUCAGAAACAAGGGAGUUGACCUCAAGCUGCAAGAAGUGGCCAAAAGUUUACAAACACCCCUACCAAAAAACGCGCCGCGUUUCCAAUCCGC